AUGGCAAACACAUCAGUUGGCAGUACUAGUGGAUCCAGUGUAGCUGCUGUUAAUGCCAAGCCGCCUGAUUACACUUUGCAAUGUACACUUACUGGACAUUCUAAAGCAGUCUCGUCGGUUAAAUUUAGUGCGGAUGGAGACUGGGUCGCCAGUUCAUCUGCUGAUGGUACGAUUAGAAUAUGGAACGCUUACGAUGGCAAGCAUGAGAAACUUAUUCAAGGACAUAAAAUGGGUAUCUCCGAUGUUGCUUGGUCACCAGAUUCUAAAUUGUUGGCUACUGCUUCAAACGAUAAAACAUUAAAAAUUUGGGAUUUCGCUACAGGAAAAUGCUUAAAAACGUUAAAAGGCCACACCAACUACGUCUUUUGUUGCAAUUUCCAUCCUCAAUCCAAUCUGAUUGUGUCUGGCUCGUUUGAUGAAAAUGUUAGGAUAUGGGAUGUUAAGAGUGGUAAAUGCACAAAAAAUCUAUCUGCCCAUUCUGACCCUGUUUCUGCGGUUCACUUUAAUCGUGAUGGAACAUUAAUAGUCUCGGGAAGUUACGACGGCCUUUGCCGAAUUUGGGAUACUGCGUCUGGUCAAUGCUUAAAGACAAUUAUUGAUGACAACAAUCCUCCUGUUUCGUUUGUAAAAUUUUCACCCAAUGGCAAGUACAUUUUAGCUGCAACUUUGGACAAUACUCUUAAAUUGUGGGAUCACAGCAAGGGAAAGUGCUUGAAAACAUAUCGAGGUCAUAAGAAUGAAAACUUUUGUAUAUUUGCUAGCUUUUCCGUCACUGGUGGCAAGUGGAUUGUUUCGGGAUCGGAGGACAAUAUGAUUUAUAUUUGGAAUCUUCAGUCGAAAGAAAUUGUUCAAAAGCUUUCUGGCCAUACUGACAUUGUAUUGUCAUGUGCUUGUCAUCCUAAGGAGAAUAUUAUUGCAUCAGCAGGACUAGAGGAUGACAAGACAAAUAAGCAUUUCGGUCUAUGUCAACGAAUGGAAUACUCGUCCAUCCCUGUUGCAAUCAAGAAAUGA